CACAGUUAGCAAAAAAUAGCUACUUGUUUAUAACUCUUUAGGUACCUAUAAAUUUAGCCUUAACUCCCAAACUCCCAAUCAUCAUUUUCAAAACCAUCUAAAUAACCAUAGAACCAAUUCAUCAUCAAAACCAAAGAAAUUUUUAAAAACAGAAAUUUAAUAAAAAAAUGAGUUCAAGCAGGAGAGCAUGGAUAGUAGCAGCCAGUGUUGGAGCAGUGGAGGCCUUAAAGGAUCAAGCUGGAUUGUGUAGAUGGGAUUACCCAUUGAGGUGUUUGGCACAACACACAAAGAAUAACAUGAGAUCUUACUCUCAAGCUAAGAAACUUUCUUCUUCAAUAAUAGCAAAGAGUGAAAAGACGGAGCAAUCUGAAGAAUCUUUGAGGAAAGUUAUGUAUUUGAGCUGUUGGGGUCCAAAUUAACUAAUCUUUUUUCUAGCUAGAUAUCUUCAUGCUCAUUUUUACAGACAUGAAGAUUGUAAAUAUAUAGUACUAGAAUUUAAGUACUGUUGAUAUUUUGAUGAAAUGAUAAUAUGACAGAUCGAUUAGUA